GUGUCGCUGCCCGCGGCGCUCUGGCUGUACGUGCAGUGGACGCUGGAGACCCACGGCUGGAAGCUGCUGGGCGGAGCGCUGCUGUUCUACGCGGCGCGCGGCCGCUUACGCAAGCUCAUGGCGCGGCGCCACCAGCAGCGCGCGCUCGCCGAAGCGAACGACCCGGCUAGAGUGGAGGUGCUACGUCGAGAAACGGCCCGCGUGCGCCGCCAACAGCAGCAGCAACUCCAGGCGGGGACC